CAGACGCACUCAACAUGGCGACAGCGCUGUUCCACCAGGGCGCUUGAGCAGCGCGCAGGCGUCAUAUUCCACUCCAGUCAUGGCGGCCCCGGGACCGGCGGUAGGCAGCGGGGCUGUGGAGACGUGCGGUCUGGACCAGAUUCUGGAAGCGUUGAAAUUGCUGUUGAGCCCGGGAGGAUCAGGCUCAAGUUCCUUACAGAUUACAAAACAUGAUAUCUUAUUGGCUACUUUAAAAUCUAAUCUGUCUGCCUUGGAGGAUAAACUUCUGAAGGAUCCUCAGUGGAAGAAAUUGAAACUACUAAGAGAUGAAAUUGUUAAUAAGGCAGAAUGGCCACAAAACUCUGUGGACAUCACUUGGAGUUUUACCUCUCAAGCCUUGUUGUUGCUGUUGUGCUUGAAGGAAACCAUGACCCACCUCGCAGCUGCCUUCAAUCCAGGUAAACCCAACCCUAAGACUCCAGAAGUCGCUCCUACCCUAAGCCCGGAUACACUUAGUAUCUCACAACAGAAGAUGGUCCAGUCCGUUUUACAAUUUGUAGUCAUUUUGGGUGUCUGUCCCUAUCUGAUGCCUGGUGUUGGAGUUCCUUUGAGAUAUAGGACUGAGUUUGGUGCCGUUGUUCAAGACGUCGUGCGUUUGGAUGUUGCUCCCCAUGCAACCCGGAGACUGUAUACCAGCUGCAAGGCCCUCCUCAGUGUUGGGCAGCACACAUCUCUCGGGAGCUUGAUUUUCUGCCACCACUUUGGGGAUAUCGCAGCAGGUCUGUGCCAGCUGGGAUUCUGCCCAACCAAAAAACCACUAACACCCAUGGAAGAGGUUUUAACUGAAGAGGAAAGGACUGUAUCCAGGGGGGCCUUGAGAGACCUCUUGGAUCAAGUGUAUCAACCAUUGGCUGUCCGUGAAUUACUUAUCCUCCAGGGAGGACCUCCCCAGUCCUGCACAGAUGUGAAGACACAGCUUAGAUGUCGGGCCCCAGCUUGGCUUCGGCGUCUGUGUGGGCAGCUGCUCUCAGAAAGGUUAAUGAGACCCAGUGGUGUUCAGGCAGUAGUCCGGGGCAUUUUGGAAGGAGCAGGCGCCGGAGCAGCUGGCGGAAGUGAUGCUGAGGCAACAGCUGCUGACUGGAAGAAGUGUGACUUGAUUGCAAAGAUUCUGGCUGCAUGUCCCCAGCAGUCUCUUUCACCAGAGAGUUACUACAGGAAUAUCUGUCCCCAGAUUUUGGAUUUAUUUCAUUUUCAAGAUAAAUUGACAGUACAGCAAUUUCAAAGAGUCGCUACCACUACCUUUAUAACUAUGUCGAGAGAACAGCCACAACUGGCAACAAAGUAUUUGCUUCAGCCAAUGUUAGCUCCUCUUCAUCGAUGUUUGAAUACAGCAGGUAAAGGAGAAUGUCUGGAGGUUAGGUGUCUCUCUAAAAGGCCUUCUUCAGGCUGGGGAUGUGGCUCAAGCCGUAGCGCGCUCGCCUGGCAUGAGUGGGGCACUGGGUUUGAUCCUCAGCACCUCAUAAAUGUAAAAGUAUAUGUGGUCGGGAAUGAGCCUCUAACAGUGUUGCUGGAUUCCCUGCUUCCAGUCCUGGGAGUGCUCUUUUCUCUCUACUGUUUUACCAAGCAGAGUGUGUCUCAUAUAAGGUCAUUUUGCCAAGAGAUCUUAUUAUGGAUCCUGGAAAAACUGGAAAGGAGGAAGGCAAUUUCCAGCCUGAAAGGCUUUGCAGGAUUGGACAAAGCUAUACCCUCUCUCCAUUCUCUCUGUCAGUUUAGAGCUGCCACCCAAGGUGGCAUUAUGAUUACAGUUAAAAAGGCCAUUAGUGAUGAAGAUGAAGAUGAAACCCUGUACCAAAAACUGUCCUCAGAGCAGAGCCAGGUGGAGCAUCUUGGGGACUUGCUGUCUCAUUGCCAGGCGUGUGGUUUGGCAGGCGACUUCUUCAUCUUCUGUUUGAAGGAGUUGACUCAUCUGGCUAUGGAAAGUGAAGCAGAGUUAAAACCUAAGCCCUUCUCCAGCAAAAGCCUCUUGGAAUUAGAGCAACAUCAUGCAACGCUUGUGGAAAGCCAGGAACGGAAGCUGCUAGUGCUGCAGCUGCUGGCUGUUCUGUGUGAGAGAAUAUCUGAGCAGAUAUUCACAAACAUCACUCAGGUAGUAGACUUUGUAGCGGCGACACUGCAGAGAGCAUGUGUAAACCUGGCUCAUGAGGCAGAGAGCACUGUGGAAUCGCAGACACUGAGCAUGUCCAUGGGGCUGGUGGCGGUCAUGCUAGGAGGAGCUGUUCAGUUGAAGUCAAGUGAUUUUGUGGUCCUGAAGCAAUUGCUGCCUCUGUUGGAGAAGGUCUCGAACACGUACCCUGACCCUGUCAUCCAAGAACUUGCUGCUGACCUCCGUAUCACUAUCUCUACCCAUGGAGCCUUUUCCACUGAGACUGUCACCGUGGCUGCCCAGAGCACCCUGAACAAAAAAGAUACAGAAGGGAAAAUAGGAGAGCAACAAAUUAGUUGUAAUAGAUACACAGAGGUAGCUCAGAGCCACCUUGAACAACAGCUAAGCUGUGAGCAAUCCUCCCAAACAGGCCAGGAGUCUAAUGCUGCAUUUAUUCCUAUGGGGAUCAGUGAGCCCAGUACUACUGCAAACCAGCAAUUUGGAAGUAUAACUACAGAACAGUUCCAAGAAAUUCUUUUAUCAGCAUAUGAUCCCCAGAUUCCAGCACGAGCUGCUGCCUUGCGCACUCUUUCUUGCUGGAUAGAGCAAAGAGAAGCAAAAGUCCUUGAGAGCCAAGAGCAGCUUCUCAAGAUAUUUUUGGAGAACUUGGAACAUGAAGAUUCUUUUGUAUAUCUGUCUGCAAUUCAGGGAGUUGCCCUGCUCUCAGAUGUGUACCCUGAGAAAAUUUUGGUGGAUCUCCUGGCUCAGUAUGACAGCAGCAAAGAGAAAUACACACCAGAAACCAGAAUGAAAGUUGGGGAAGUCCUGAUGCGAAUUGUCAGGGCAUUAGGGGACAUGGUUUCAAAGUACAGAGAACCUUUGAUCCACACCUUCCUGAGAGGAGUGAAAGAUCCAGAUGGUAUGCACAGGGCCAGCAGCUUAGCCAACCUGGGAGAACUGUGCCAACAUCUGGACUUCCUGCUGGGUCCUGUGAUCCAUGAGGUGACAACUUGCCUGAUUGCUGUGGCUAAAACUGACCAUGAAGUUCAAGUGCGCAGAGCUGCCAUCCACGUGAUCGUGCUGCUGCUUCGGGGACUCAGUCAGAAAGCUACUGAGGUGCUGAGAGACGUCCUCAAGGAUCUCUACCACCUGUUGAAGCACGUGGUGCGUUUGGAGUCUGAUGAUGUGGCCAAGCUCCAUGCCCAGCUGGCCCUGGAGGAACUGGAUGAGAUCAUGAGAAACUUCUUGUUCCCACCACAGAAGCUGGAGAAAAAGAUCAUGGUCUUGCCAUAGACCUGACUCAAGGCCAGGAAGGAGCAAGGAGCUAGUAGCCAGAGCAAUGCCUAAGUUUUCCAGCAGGUGGCCUCACUGCCUCUUUGACACUAGCAAUAUGGCUGACCUUGAGAUGACACUGAUUACUUGGGUCUUCAGGCUAACUGUCCUAAAGCAUCUAGUUAGUCAUCUUGCACCCAGCCUGAAACAUGUGCCAUUAAAAGAAAAAAUAUUACAAAUCUCA